UUUUCCAGAUUUCUCCUGUCGUUGGACAAAGAACUGUGCUUACUCGCGGAAUUUUUUACCCUUUUGCGAUUCUGGAGGAUGAAAGUCAUCACUUGUGAAAUAGCUUGGCACAACAAGGAGCCUGUAUACAGCCUGGACUUCCAGCAUGCGACAGCUGGGCAGAUCCAUAGACUCGCCUCCGCAGGGGUGGACACCACUGUGAGGAUCUGGAAAGUCGAAAAAGGACCAGAUGGAAAAGCCAUUGUGGAAUUUUUGUCCAAUCUUGCACGUCAUACCAAAGCUGUCAACGUUGUGCGUUUUUCUCCAAAUGGUGAGAUCUUAGCAUCAGGAGGAGAUGAUGCUGUCAUUCUGCUGUGGAAGGUGAAUGAUAACAAGGAGCCGGAACAGAUUGCUUUUCAGGAUGAGGAUGAGGCUCAACUGAAUAAAGAGAAUUGGACUGUUGUGAAAACUCUGAGGGGUCAUUUGGAAGAUGUAUAUGAUAUUUGCUGGGCGACUGAUGGGAACUUAAUGGCUUCUGCCUCUGUGGAUAACACAGCUAUCAUCUGGGAUGUCAGUAAAGGACAAAAAAUGUCAAUAUUUAAUGAACAUAAAAGUUAUGUCCAAGGUGUAACGUGGGAUCCGCUUGGCCAGUAUAUUGCCACCCUUAGCUGUGACAGGGUAUUGCGGGUGUACAGCACACAGAAGAAACGUGUGGCCUUUAAUGUUUCAAAGAUGCUCUCUGGAAUAGGGCCUGAAGGAGAGGUGAGAAGUUACCGGAUGUUUCAUGACGACAGCAUGAAGUCCUUUUUCCGUAGACUUAGUUUUACACCUGAUGGAUCUUUGCUCCUCACACCAGCUGGGUGUGUAGAAUCUGGAGAAAAUGUAACAAAUACAACUUAUGUUUUCUCCAGGAGAAAUCUUAAAAGGCCAAUUGCUCACCUUCCGUGUCCUGGAAAAGCAACUCUUGCUGUUCGGUGCUGUCCUGUCUACUUUGAAUUGAGGCCACUUGUGGAAACAGGUACAGAGCUGAUGCCACUGCCCUACCGCUUGGUGUUCGCUGUGGCGUCGGAGGACUCUGUGCUUUUCUACGACACCCAGCAGUCUUUCCCUUUUGGCUACGUGUCUAACAUACAUUAUCACACCCUGAGUGACAUUUCAUGGUCCAGCGAUGGGGCUUUCCUGGCCAUCUCUUCCACAGACGGUUAUUGUUCAUUUGUGACGUUUGAGAAGGAUGAACUUGGAAUACCUUUGAAAGAAAAGCCAGUUCUGAGCUUGAGAACUCUUGAUACAGCAAAGAAAACAAAGAGUCAUACACACCAAGGAUCUUCACCAGGGUCCAGAUCGGUGGAGGGAACCCCCACCAGCAGGACCCAGGACUCCAGCAGUCCCAGCACCACCCCUCCUCAGGCCAAGCCUUCCCCAGCCCUGCCAGUGCUCAAGGACACACCCUCUAUAACUCCUGGCCUCAAGGGCACCCUGCCGGGCUCUUCAGAGGAGAAGAAGACCCCACAGCCCAGCGGUCCUGGCACAAAAGCCCACCCACCCCGCAGGGUCACCCUGAACACGCUGCAGGCCUGGAGCAAGACAACACCCCGGAGAAUAAACCUAACGCCCUUAAAGACAGAUACACCACCAAAUUCUGUACCACUGGAAACUACCAGUACAAUUAACACCCCUUCCACGGAAGAAAUCCAGUCAGAGGUUCCUGGGGACCCUCAAUGCUGUCAGCCAGCACCGAAACAUCUCAGACUUGGUGACAGCUGCACGAGCACCCAGAGUGUGGACCCAUGA